GGGCCCCAUCCCUGGGCGGGGAGGCCGGCAACUGCGGGCUCAGCCAGCGGGCUGUAGCAGAUGACAUCCUUGGGUGAGAGCUCAGAAAUUGAAGCCAGAGAAGCCUGCGACUGGCUGAGAGCUGCCGGUUUCCCCCAGUAUGCUCAGCUAUUUGAAGAUAUGCAGUUUCCUAUUGAUGUAAAAACUGUGAGGAAGGAUCAUGAAUUUUUAGAUGGAGAUGCAAUUGAGUCAUUAUUCAGACGGUUGAACACAUUGAACAAGUGUGCAUCAAUGAAAAUAGAAAUAAGCCAUCAGAGGAAACGGAGUGAUGACUCUGAAGAUGAUGAACCUUGUGCAAUAAGUAACAAAUGGGCUUAUGAGAGGUGCAGUCAGAGAUGGUCUCGUAUUGAGAGCCUAGAAGGUUUCCCAGGAGAGGAAGGUGCUAGUGCAUCAGUCCCAGGCAGUCCAAUAUUGAAAAACAUUGGCAAGGAGGAGGAUACUCUCUUUCUGGAUUAUGGCGAGAAACAUGAUGUGUCCUCAAUUCACAGUACUAGCAGUGGUGACAGUGACAUUGUUAGCUUCCCAAAACUUUUUGAAGAUGUGGAAACCAGCAUGAGUUCCUCAAGAUGUUCCUCAAUUAAGGUGGCUUCACUGGACUCUGCUUUUAGUUGUUCUCCCCCCAGUGAAUUUUUAAAUAUCACCAGUGAGGAGAAGCUUUUGGGUAAGUCACCAUAUAAAAAGAGGAAGAGCCUUCUAAAGAAAAUGGAGAAAUUGCACUUAAGGAGCUGCAACUUAAGGAGUGGUCAGUCAAAGGCAAAACCCAUAAUAAGUGAACCUGUUCUUCUGGAGGGGCUUAAUGAAGAAAAAAUGAAGAUGCUGAACUGCGUAAAUAUUUCCGACCUCUCUGGCAUCCAAACAAAGGACAGUUCUUCUUUUUCUCUCCAGAACUGCAAUAGCCGCAACCAGUCUGAAAACAGCAGCACAGUGAGCGCUCCAAGUCCUGUUAAAAAACCACAAAGCCACUGUGAAGGAAGCGGGGUGUAUGCAGAAGACUCUGAUUCUAGCAAGCUCUUGCUGUGGAGUGAGCUAUCUCAGCAAAACCUAACAAAUGACAUGAAGUUACAAAUGAACCAGGUGUUCCAAAUACCACAAGGCCAUAAACCUGGCACUUUCCCCAAAGCACUUACAAAUAGCUCCCUGUCGCCAGUAGACAACUCUUCCGUCAACUGCAGAACUGGGAAUUUACAUGGGUGCAGGAGGAGCCGGAGCAGAAGCAGUUCCAAGGAUGCCAAAGCCCCCAGGAGUCCCCUUUCAAGCACAAAUAACAGGCUAAGUGUGUAUGACAACAUGCCCAAUAUCGAACUUGAUAAUUUGGAGGCAGCACAAGUUGGUGAUGAUGAUGUUUUUUCAGAACUGAACAAUGUUAUAGAGGAUGUCAAUGGUCUCAAAAAGUUGGUUGAUCAGUGGACAGAGAAGUUCUCAGAUGGUGGGGAUUUGGACUUUGCCAGUGACUUGACCUCUUUGUAUCCAUCCUUACCUAAAGAAAUCUGUCUUGAAACGGAGGGCUCAGAAGAUAAGACAGCAGACCUCCCAGCCACUGAGGGAGAGAGCAGCUGUGAACUGGGCAAGGAGAUGAGUUCUGCAGGCCUGGCAUACAUGACAGACUCUAAAAAGACCAACAGGCAUGGGAAGCAACACUGGUCUGUGGAAGAGAGUGUGAACUUGGAAAGCCUUCCCAUCCAGACCGACAGCCAGUCAGCAGCUCAGCUAGCCCGGACACAAAAGCUGGCUUUGUUGAAACUCACUGCUUUGAUGGACAGAUACUCCCCUUCCAGUAGGCAGGGCUGGAACUGGACUGUACCGAAGUUCAUUAAAAAAAUAAAAGCCUCUGACUACAAGGACAAAAAUGUGUUUGGGGUUCCUUUACUUCUGAAUGUUCAGCGAACAAGCCACCCGCUGCCUAAUGGCAUACUGCAAGCCCUGGACUAUUUAAGAAACCACUUUCUUGACCAGGUUGGCCUGUUCCGAAAAUCCGGUGUUAAAUCCAGGAUUCUGUCUUUAAGAGAAAUGAAUGAAACCAACCCAAACAAUGUAUGUUAUGAAGGGCAGUCAGCGUUUGAUGUGGCAGAUAUGGUGAAGCAGUACUUCCGAGACCUUCCCGAGCCUAUAUUUACUAGCAGGCUCUGUGAAUCCUUCCUCCACAUCUACCAAUACGUGCCAAAGGAUCAGCAGUUUCAGGCUGUCCAGGCUGCUAUUCUUCUUCUUCCAAAGGAAAACCGAGAAGCUUUGAAAAUCCUCCUGUUCUUCCUGCGAGAUGUGGUUGCUUUUGUUGAGGAAAACCAGAUGACCCCAACCAACAUUGCUGUCUGUCUUGCACCUUCUUUGUUUCACCUCAACACCCUGAGACGGGAUAGUUCCUCCACCUCCACAAGAUCGAGUCAGAGGAAGUGCAGCUUGGGGAAGCCAGACCAGAGGGAGCUGAGUGAGAACCUGGCAGCAACGCAAGGCUUGGCCCACAUGAUAACGGAGUGCAACAGACUCUUCCAGACUGACUUCCCGGCUUGACCUCGGCCUUUCCUCGUCAUGGUGGACUUGCCUGGUGAUCACUAGACUGGCUGACCCUGGUUGCUGUCACUGGACUUGAUCCUGACCUCCUCUGCUGACUCACCUUCCUGGCUCAACCUCCGACCUCAUCACCAUGGAUGCGUCUGAUGAUCUGGACUCUUAGCUGACCCUGGCUGCCAUUUCUGUCCUGGCUCAGGUACUGUGGGGCCGGGCGGCUGCCCUGCCAGCCCUGUUAUCCCACUUGACUCCCAGCCCCUUUCCUUCAGGCAGCCGCUGGCCCUUGGGUGCACCCUGACAGUCAGCUUGGGGCUUCUUGUGCUCCACUGCAGCACCACGGCUGGGCAGGGGCUGCUGUCCCACGGCUCUUCUGAACUGACACAUGACCUUGCCCCAGGGCUUCCCCCAGCACUGACACCCCCCCAAACCGGCACUUGACUUCCGAGUGACACCCACCCCACGCCAGCCUGGCCUGGGGUCCGACCUGUCUGUGGCAUCAGUCCCAACCCAGCCGGGGCUCCCAAGUGACCAUGGGUCCCCAGCUCCUCAGCAGUGGCCUGAACCCCUCUGCCCAGCCCUGAAGCCCCUUGGGGUGCCCUGACACCUACUGCCUGCCCUGCAUCCGACAAUCAGUCCUGGCAACAUGGGAGCUGGCCUCAUCCCUGGCUGCAUUGCUUGUCCGUCCGUGUCUCCCCGCCGCCCCCCCCCCCCAGUAUAGCCCCACAGGGACUCUGGAGCUGCCCUUGGACAGUCUGAACGCUCCUGCUGUGACCAGGGCACUUCCCCACCGCCGCCCUCACCUGGCAGGGCAGCCAGCGAACCCCCCGAUGGGCUCGACGCCACUGCUGCCAGGACUGUGAGCUGUGGGGCUGCCCCUCGCCAAGGGGUGCUGCAGAUGUGCCCCCUGCCCUGCCAGGGGAGGGGUUUGGUGCUGAGACUCGGGGACCGCUUGGAGACAGCUGUUCCCCCUGCUGCUGGUGACCACAAGAAGCCGCAGCAACUGGUUUGGGUGGCCUCGGCCAUGCCUAUGCCUGGACACACACCUGCUGCUGUGGACCUAGCCCUGGACUCUGAUGCUUCGCCCUGCCUGGUCACUGUGGCCAUUGCUGGCCAUCCUGGACUGCGGCUGAUGCUGUUACUGCCACUGAACCUGACCUGGCCUCGGCACCUGCUACGGGGACUUUCGGCUGGCUGCCACUGCCAUGCCCAGGCCUGUCCUGUGUCUCCCUCAGGUAGCUGACUGCAGCCUUGGUCAGCUCACUAACAACUUCCAUGAGACAAGCAUCCCGAGCGCCAGGGUCCUGCACUGCUGGGCUGGGAGGAGACUGCUUGGCUCCCCCCAGCGCUCUGUGCUCUGCUGAGUGAUGCCAGAGAUGACAUCAAAAGCUGGGUGAACCUGCUGCCACCUAGCAAAUAAGGUAAAGAGGAUGGCAGAGGACAUCAGCAUAAGCUUGGCUCUGGGAGUGUGGGUGACAGUACUGCGGUUGCAGGGGUUCCUGGAGGUGCUCUUCGGUGUUCUGAGUUCUCAGUCCUUAAACUCUACAGACGGAAGCAGAGCAGCACUGGGCAUGGGUCUGCAGAGUUUGGUUUCUGUAGAGAAUUGCUCUGAGCUGUGCCCAUGGCCCCUUUUGUCUUCUGAAGCCAUGCUCCUGUUCUCUCCUUUCUUUACUUUCCUAUGUCUACUCCCCCCUGCCUUUUCCUUUUCUUCUUCCCUUACUUCCUCCUUGCGAACAUAGGGAGUGCUGCUCCCCUAGGGUAUCUUCCCUUACCACAACGGACAUCAACACCUCCAGUUGUUU